AUGGAAAGUGAGAAUCUUCGACUGGAUUUACGAAUUGGAAGCGGAAAGGAACAAAAGGGGCAGGCCAAAAUAGCCAUAAAAAAAUCCACAGUCCGGCGUUCGAGAAAAGGGUGCAUGAGAGGCAAAGGUGGUCCUGAUAAUGCCUUCUGCACUUACAGAGGUGUACGGCAGAGGACAUGGGGCAAAUGGGUGGCCGAAAUCCGGGAACCAAAUCGUGGUGCAAGGGUUUGGCUCGGCACCUUCAAAACUUCACUGGAGGCAGCGCGUGCUUAUGAUGAUUCAGCCAAAAGGCUGUAUGGGAGUAGCGCCAAACUCAAUUUGCCUGACGAUCAUGUGCACCAGUUUUCUUCACCUUCGCCAAGUAAUUUCACUCUCUGUGAUUUUUCUGUGCCUGAUUAUUACGAAAAUGUGAAUGAAAAUGAGAAUUCUGUACUGGAUGAAGCUUGCAUGUUUAGAGAUAUUAAUGGGGAGUAUGUGCCGUGGGAUACUCCGGCGCCAACCUUGCUUGAUGAGAAACAAAAUCUGAAUUGGCCGGAAUUUCCCGUGGAGAAUGAUUUUCACUGCUCUUAUGGCGGAGAUUUCAACACUCGUUGGGACGAAUGUCAAGUUCCAUGGACCUAG